AUGGACAUAUCAUCUCUAGCGGCACUGUCAGCUUCGCCUACGUCCUCUUUUCCAUAUGCUCAACCCGAACUCCCGACGCUGCUCGUGGCACUGUCUUUCUUAUUCUCCCUCAACAUACUCCGUAUCGGCGCAGAUCUGGCUUUCCAUGCUGGACUGGUAGCGGAGCUCUUUCUCGGCAUGGUCUAUGGCGCGCCGCUGGCUGGCAUCCUUCCAACAAACUGGGAGGCAACGUUCAAUGUUUUGGGGUACAUCGGACUAGUGUGCAUCAUAUUUCAAGGGGGCCUCUCGACGAACCUAUCCUUGCUAUUGUCCAAUCUGCCCCUGUCUUGCGUCUGCGCUCUGACUGGGAUUGGAAUACCCAUAGCACUUUCGAUAGCACUUCUCACUGCAGGCUACGGGUACUCUCCGUUGGAAGCAUUCGCCGCAGGUGCAGCUCUCUCCUCGACAAGCCUGGGAACCACCUUGGCCGCCCUGAAUAGUGUGGACCGCCAACAGACCUCCGCGGCCCGCAUGGAUCCUAAACUCGAGAAACGAGCAGAACAAUUCCGAGAGAUGCCCCGUGACGCUGGACCUGCCGAAGAGACGUCAGGAAGCCAGGCACGGAUGCCACUAUCCGAGCCCUCUGCAACGAUCUCAGCACCACCUGCCUUGCAGCAGACUAGGAUCGGUACCGUGCUCACAAGCGCUGCUAUCAUUGAUGAUGUAGUCGGCCUUGUCAUCGCCGCUCUCAUACCGGCGUUGGCAAACUUGGAAUCGCCAUCACCAUCCAAGCCAAACCUCGCAUGGACCCUCAUACGACCUCUGCUUUCCUCUCUUUUGAUUGCCGUCAUCACACCUGUCGCGGCGUGUUUUGUCUUACGACCAGUCUUCUGGUUUCGUGGCUUCGGCGAGCGGUGGUGCGCUCCCCGACGUGUAGGCGAAGAAUGGGGCCGCGGACGUCUGUUUUCCGGGACCGAUUGCGGGCCCGAGUCUCACGCGGAUUUGGUCAAAAUGUCCAUCAUGGUCUGCGUGCUUAGUGCGUUUCUUGCAAUAGCAUAUUACACGGGGAGCAGUAUGCUCUUCGGAGCCUACAUGGCAGGCCUAACCUUGUCCUAUCUCGUAACACCGCCGCGAGAAAGCUCUCAUGCCCAGGAUCAGCCUGCCAUCCCACCGGAGGACAGGGCCGCUGCGCUAUCCUUUGCGUUGGCGUAUGCGCGCACAGUCGGUCCAUUGCAGGAGUUCGUGUUCGCCCCUAUCUUCUUUGCUAGCAUCGGCUAUGCCAUCCCGUUUCUAUUGUUAUGGAGACCGGCGAUUCUCUGGAGAGGUGUGCUCUACGCCGUUCUCAUGUUUCUAGGCAAGCUUGCAGCCGGGCUGCCAAUCAUGUUGUGGUCCGUUCUGACUACCCGUGGCCAUGGCUGUAACCAAGACGCAGACGCGGCACCGGCCGAGUCUCCAGCUUCGCCAACUCCCCAGCUGGAUGGCAAUCUCACCACGUCUACUCGUGAUCGCUUGCGAGCGUCGAUGUAUCCUGCAGCUUUCAUGGGCAUCGCGAUGGUCUCUCGGGGCGAGAUUGGACUACUGAUCGCGCAGAUUGCCCGUAACGGAUCUUCCACGGGAGGGUCGGCGGAAAACGGCUUGCUGAGCGAGGAGGGAUUCUUGGUGUGCAUAUGGGCCAUUCUCCUGUGCACGUUGGUGGGGCCCAUCUGCGUAGGGAUUAUUGUACGGAGAUGGCGGUCUCGUGUCACUGCUGGUAUCUGGGCGUAG